AUGCAGUAUCCGCUAGUAACAAUAACAGCGCGCGCGCAUCCGUACAUCAUGAUUUAUUUGUGGUUUAUAUUUAUUAUUUGUGCUGCGGAUGCUGCUAAAUCUAUAAAAGGUUUAUACUGUCAAGACCCAGAUACACACAAGCUUUAUCCCGUUAACGCCACAUGGCCUUCAGAGACUUUCUGUGGAAACUACACAUGUAAGCUAAGAAAAAAGAACCAUACAGAAACAGAAUAUGUUCCAAUUACCAAAAUCAAUAUCACAGACAAAUACUUCCUUAGAGAUAUAGACGAUAUGAAAACCAGCCCAAGUGAUAAUUCUUUUGCUGUAACAAAAGAAUCUCAACAAGAUAAAAGUCCUGUAUAUAUAGAAAAUAGUUUUUCUCCCAACCAACAAAAAUUAAAUAAUCAGAAAGAUAGAUAUUUAACGGACACUGAAAUAAAGGCGAUAACCGAGAUUUUACAUACUGUUAAAAAAAGUGACCUUGAAGCAAUAAUAGAAAUAUAUAACUUGGCACAAGAGUUUCACAAAGAAAUAGACGGUGCUACAACAGAAAGUUUAAUUAAGGAAACAAUAAAUGCGCUUCAAGAUGAAAAACACGAAAAAAAGAAAAAUCAUCACAAAUCGUAUUUUUAUAAGCCUUUACAUCAGACACAUAUGGAGAAGAAUCUGACAGAUAUGGAGAAAGAAAGUUCAAGAGUACCACCACAAACAUAUUACCCAUACCCUUAUUUUAACGGACCCACUUUAAGGAAUGGAUUUGGUAGAACCCCAUAUUAUUACCCAAUGUCAAAUUUCCAGCGCUCAGCAUCGUACAUUCAUAGACCAUACUUGCCACCUACGCCACCUACAGCGAGACCAUGCACAACUCCACCUCGACCUUGUUCUAAACCUUGCACUAAGCCCCACGGCUAUCUACCCCCUUGGUACAAUAAAUCAGUAAUAAAGCCGUAUGUUAACAAACACCACCUAGCUGAUCCUAUGUUACUACCAUAUCCGUUUUCCUACAUUCACCAUUACAAUUAUAGUUCCUACCCUGCUAGUUACUACUACAAUAACUACCCUUGGGCGCAAUUAGAUUCCUAUAGAAAAGCACCAUCUCACGCAUACCAACCUCAACUUGCACCAGAAGACACGAAAGCUGCCAUAGCCGAAGAGAAAACCCUUGAAGCUAUGAAAAAUGACGGAAGCUCUGAAGUAGAAAGUGACAAUGAAUGGAAAACCAAACCACUCAGUGAAAAGAUUUUAGAUGAAGUUAGAGCAAAUUUAGAUAAAUCAAAGUUAUUGAAGCCAUUACGAAAGAAGGUGAAAUUGGAGAGGGUCGGAAAAGUGAUUAAGCUGGAUGAACUGACGAGAGAAAAACGAAGUGUAAUUGAAAUCAAAGGUACACCUGAUGCUUAUGAAGCGUAUAUUGAUACUUCAAAAUGUGAACCUAGUAUCACGCCAGGCUUCUUCCGAGUUGGAAAUUUAAGUGCACCGUUUCCAGAAUGUUGUCCACAAAGAAUCAGUUAG